AUGAUCAAAGCACAUCAUUCAUUUCUAACGCUCAUAGCCAUGUUGGUGAACGAGGUAUACUCAAAUACAGUUUUCUCAGAUAAAGUCAGCCACCUAAUCGUCGAAACGUGUGAGGACAUAGUGUGCAUACCUCCCGAAGGCUGGAAGGUCCGUGCUCUGCGACCGGUCUCAAAUUCAGUCAACUACACCAGUUUCGUCUUCAAACACAUCAUAAAAUUUGAUCAGCCUGGUGAGUAUGAUGUCUUCUGUGAGGUUAUCAAGGAACUGGAGAGCAAACGGAUCAAUGGGACGGUUGUUGUUAAUGAGUUUGAGAAUCCGCGUGAUCACAAUAAGUACACACAUCCGAAAAAAUUGAAUUCCAUUGACUGA